AUAUUUUUAAAGUAAAAGCAAAAGAGAAGUGGAGGUAUCAGCUGAGCUGAGGAUGGAUAGAGCAACACCUGUACGGAGCUCCCAUACCACCACCGCCGAUCUGCUCACCUGGUCGGAGGUUCCACCGUCGUCCAACUCUUCCGCUGUCGCUGCCUCCGCCAGUGCUUCUCGUUCACAUCAGGCGAGUCGUCAUUUGGUCAUUUUUAUUUAUUGCGCCAUUUGGGGGUUUUGCUUAUCUUUUUGCUCCUUUCGUUGUUGGCAGCCUUCUGAUGGAAUUAGUAAGGCUGUGUUUGGUGGUCAGGUAACUGAUGAAGAAGCUGAUAGCUUGAACAAACGCAAACCUUGUUCAGGGUAUAAACUAAGGGAGAUCAGUGGCAGCAAUAUAUUUUCUGAUCAUGAUGAAGAUGGUACAUCAGAAUCUGGAACUGAUGAUGGUAAUUUUACUAACAGGACAUCAGUGCGCAUUGUUCAGCAAGCAGCAAAUGGAAUAAGCCAAAUUUCAUUCAGUACUGAAGAAAACAUUUCCCCAAAGAAGCCUAUCACUCUGACCGAAGUGGCAAAGCAACGUGAGUUGAGUGGAAAUUUAGAAAGUGAGUUAGAUAGCAAAGUCAAGAAGCAGCUAUCAGAUGCAAAGACCAAGGAGCUUAGUGGAAAUGAUAUCUUUGGCCCUCCUGAAGAAGUUCCUCCUAGAUCCCUGGCUGCUGCACGUUCCAUGGAGUCGAAAGAAAGCAAAGACAUGGGUGAACCUGCUCCACGAACUGUUCGCACAUCUGUUAGAGUUUCUAAUCCUGCUGGUGGUCAAAGCAGUAUCUUGUUUGGUGAUGAACCUGUUGUCAAGACAACAAAGAAAAUACAUAACCAGAAGUUUGCAGAAUUGACAGGCAAUGACAUUUUCAAGGGAGAUAUUCCUCCUGGAUCGGCGGAGAAGACACUGAGCUGUGCUAAGCUGAAAGAAAUGAGUGGUAAUGAUAUAUUUUCUGAUGGAAAAAUUGAAUCCAGGGACCACUUUGGCGGUGUGCGCAAACCACCUGGUGGAGAAAGCACUAUCAGAUUAGUGUAAUGUCAUCAAAUGGCUUUUAUAUUGACUUGUAGUGCCCACAUUGCAGUUGCUUUCUGACUAGUUAGGACGUCUGGCAUUUAGGAUUGUAAAAUUUGAUGUGUCAAUACUCUUAAUUGGCGACAAAAAUGCAGUGUGUUUCUCUGCUGAACUGUUGUAGGAGCUUAUAGAUUAGCAAUUACCCAUUCUAUCUGCCACAGUUGGUUUGAUCAGUUGA